CUGAGAGGUCAAGGGUCAGUCCAGUGCCAGAGGAGGCGAUGGUGAAGCAGACGAUCCAGAUAUUCGCCAGGGUGAAGCCCACUGUCCGGAAGCAGCCGCAAGGGAUUUAUUCCAUAGAUGAAGAUGAAAAAGUAACACCGAGCUUGGAAAUUAUCUUGCCUCGUGAUUUGGCAGAUGGAUUUGUGAAUAAUAAGCGAGAAAGCUACAGAUUUAAAUUUCAAAGGAUUUUUGAUCAAGAUACAAACCAAGAGACCAUUUUUGAAAACAUUGCCAAGCCCGUGGCUGAGAGUGUCCUGACCGGUUACAAUGGCACCAUCUUUGCAUAUGGGCAAACAGGCAGCGGUAAGACCUUCACCAUCACGGGUGGGGCAGAGCGCUACAACGACAGAGGCAUUAUCCCAAGGACGCUGUCGUACAUUUUUGAGGAAUCGCAAAAGGACAGCAGCAAAAUAUACACAACGCACAUUUCUUACUUGGAAAUCUACAAUGAAUGUGGUUAUGAUCUCUUGGAUCCAAGACACGAAGCCUCCAGUUUGGAAGACUUGCCGAAAGUGACAAUAUUGGAGGACCCUGAUCAGAACAUUCACCUGAAAAACCUGUCUCGCCAUCAGGCAACCACGGAGGAAGAGGCGCUGAACCUGCUUUUCUUAGGAGACACCAACAGGAUGAUUGCAGAGACUCCUAUGAACCAAGCUUCCACUCGUUCCCACUGCAUUUUCACUGUUCACUUGUCAAGCAAAGAACCGGGAUCUGCAACUGUCCGACACGCCAAACUUCACCUGGUGGACCUGGCUGGUUCCGAGCGAGUCGCAAAGACUGGCGUAGGGGGCCAGCUCCUGACAGAGGCCAAGUACAUCAACCUGUCUCUGCACUACUUAGAACAGGUCAUCAUUGCCCUUUCAGAAAAGCACCGUUCGCACAUCCCCUACAGGAACUCCAUGAUGACCAGUGUCCUGAGGGACAGUCUGGGAGGGAACUGCAUGACGACCAUGAUCGCAACGCUCUCUCUGGAGAAAAGGAACAUCGACGAGUCUAUAUCUACCUGCAGAUUUGCACAGCGGGUGGCGCUCAUAAAGAAUGAAGCUGUUCUUAAUGAAGAAAUUGACCCCAGACUGAUGAUCGCACGCCUGCAGAAGGAAGUCCAGGAGCUGAGGGAUGAGCUGGCCCUGGUCUCCGGGGAGCCAAGGACUGAGGCGCUCACAGAGGCGGAGCUCCUCCUGUUGGAAAAACAAAUAACAUCCUUUUUGGAAGACCGGGAUCCAGAGAGUAGACUAGAGGUUGGCGCCGAUAUGCGUAAAAUUCAUCACUGUUUCCAUCAUUUAAAGAAACUAUUGACAGACAAGAAGGGUGAUGGAAUGAACACAAUGUCCUCUGAAAUCAAAGACCAGGACUGCCAGGAGCCACUGAAAGAGGAAGAAUAUAAAAAACUACGAGAUAUUCUACAGCAGAGAGAUAAUGAAAUCAAUAUUCUGGUCAAUAUGUUAAAGAAGGAAAAGAAGAAAGUUCAGGAUGCCCUCCACGGAUCUGGCACGGAUAGAAACGAAUCUAGACGCACACAGAGCUCCCCCCUCCCCCCAGGGAACCCGGAGGGUCCAAGGAUAUUGCCGCCCUCAGCUCCCACACAGGCCCAAGAUUCCUCCACUUUUGGGCACAGAUCCAAUUUACUCCACAGAAAAACAGGGAUGAGAGAGGAAAUGUCAUUAGGACGCCAGGAGGCCUUUGAAAUCUUCAAGAGGGACCACGCUGACAGCGUGACCAUCGAAGACAACAAACAGAUUCUGAAGCAGAGAUUUUCUGAAGCAAAGGCCCUGGGAGAAAAUAUAAAUGAAGCGAGAAGUAAAAUCGGUCACCUGAAGGAGGAAAUCACCCAGCGGCAUCUGCAGCAAGCAGCUCUAGGUAUCGCAGAGAACAUGCCCGUGCCCGCAGUGCCAGACCUGCACGAAGAGAAGCUGCGGUCACAGCUGGAGGAGGAAAAGAGAAGGUAUAAAACCAUGUUCACGCGCCUGAAGGCCCUGAAGGUGGAGAUCGAGCACCUGCAGCUGCUCAUGGACAGAGCCAAGGUGAAGCUGCAGAAGGAGUUUGAGGCCUGGUGGACAGCGGAGGCCAGCAGCCUGCAGGUGGAGUCUCCCGCAGGGAACUCACUCAGUCACACGCAGCCGCUGCCCCCCAGGCCCGGAUCCCAGCACGAGAGGCCCCCGCUUCUCUCUAACCAAAGCAGCGUGAAUGCCAGGAAAAUCCUGCCCUCGCCUCGCCCCAUCCCGCCCAGCCCGAAACAGACGGACGCUCGUGCCUCCCUGGACGACAGCAUCCCUGAGAGGCGCGCCUCGUCCGUCCCUCUCACCGGAGACAGCCAGACGGAUUCCGACAUCCUGGCAUUCAUCAAGGCCAGACAGAACAUUCUGCAGAAGAAAUGUUUCUCCAAACACUGUGUCAUUACUCCGCCCAAGAAUCUUCAGAAAUUCCCUUUUGCUCCUAUCAUGAGAGCAAAACUUCAAGCAGAUAAACUAGCUGCGUGUCGCUCGUACCAGUUCUCCAUGCACUUGAAUGUGCCACUGAGUCUAGGGGCUCCCGCUGAAACACGGAUUCUGGUCCAGUGA